UUUACGCAGUGCAGGGCCAUGGCGGAGGCGGUGAGGGGGCUCCGCACGGCCCGCGCCAAGAGCAGGCCCAAGGAAAAAAAGAAGAAAAGUAGUGAGGAGACCCAGGUACAAAAGUUUGAUGAUGUUUUCCUCCCUCCUGUGGCAGAAGUGUCUUCUCAAGCCGAUAAAGUGCAAGCGGGACACGUUGGAGAAUUUACAGAAAUUCGUCUCAGUGAUGAAGCGGAGGAUGGAAAACCCAGAAGUGAUGUGUGUGACAUCCCCCAGAGUAAUUUAUCUUCAGGAAAUGAAAGGUCUUCGACAGCAACUCUGGAGCCUUCCACAGAUGCAGAAGAGCUCAGAGCCUAUCCUUCCCAUGAGGAAUGUAGGGGGGAUGUUGAGAAGAGUGGAAAAAGCAAGUUGGAGAAACCUCACAACCCUGUGGAGGUGGUUGCUAGCAGAUCAGGAAACUCUGAUUUGUUGAGUAGUACCUUUCAUUCCAGUGCUGCUGGCUCUCAGACAGUAGCGGGCUUUGUACAGGAUAAAGGACCUGAAAAUGUACAAGAAGUUAAAAAUUCUCUUGUCUGUUCUUCAGAGAAGCUCCCUCUUUGCAUCUCACAGCUCUCUGAGAAAUCCAAAGCACGUGUUUCACAGCCAGUAUUCAAACCAGUUUAUCCAGACUUGUCAGAUAAACUAUCUUAUGAGAGACCAACCAUAAUAGCAGUUAAGCCACUGUUGCACAAUGAAAAGCUGUAUCCAGAGCUGCCCACCGAGCCAGAGCUGGUGCCAUUUACCAGGGAACAGCUCAAAAUCUUUGAGCCAUGUUCGUGGCUGGAGAAUGUUGAUUCCUACACAGAGGAAUUUGAAAGCGUUGCUCAUCAGGACAGGCACGAGUUCUAUGAACUGGUCCUGAACUACAUGCGCUGCAGGAAGCAGCUGUUACUGGCUGAGGCAGAGCUCCAGGCUAUGACUACAGACUGCCAAAAUGUUAAGGGGAGAUUAUGGACUUUUAAAGAAGAACAGAAAACUGUGCAGGGUGUCUGUGCCGAUCAGUGCAAAGUGACGGGUCACCAUCGCUACCAGACAGUGGAGCUGAAUGACAGUGUGUUGGGGGAACUGAAAAGACUGUUGGAAGCCAAAGCAGAACACGUGCAUCAGACACUGGCACUGCACUCGUACACUUCGGUGUUGUCCCGGUUGCAGGUGGAGUCAUAUGUCUACAGGUUGCUCAGCAGCUCAUCUCUCCUGAGAUCAGUGGCUCUUCAGCAACAGGAACAAGUUUCAAAGCAGUCAGAAAAUCUGUCUUCAGACUUGGGCCACUUGAAGGAGUGUAUCAGCGUCCUUUUCAGUUUCACUCGCAGAGUUAUUGAAGAUUCUCAGUUCCAGAGUGACCUUCUCAUGUGGCUGCAGAGACUGGUGUCCGUGUUGCAAAGAAUUGGCUGUCCAGGUGACCAUCUUUUCCUCUUCAACCACAUCCUUCGGUGUCCAGCUGGGAUCAGUGAAUGGGCUUGUCCAUUCAUUCAGAUCAAAGUCUUGGAUAACCCAUCAGGUGUCUUUCAUUUCAUGCAGUCUCUUGCCUUGCUUAUGUUGCCUGUCAAAAAUCGGGCGGACUUUGUGUGCCAUAUGAAACCAACUGAAAGGAAAAGUUCCUCUUCAUCUGGGAAAGAAUCUGGGAACUGGACCCUGGUAGAUGAAGGAGGAGAAGAGGAUGAGGAUCCUGAAACCAGCUGGAUUCUGCUUUUGGAAGAUGACUUGAUUGCCCUGUUGUCACAGUUUCCAUUUCACGAACUCUUUCAGCACUUCCUUGGGUUUAAGUCUGGAGGUGCUUAUUUUCCUGAAAAAACAACUCCCCAGGAGAUGAUGAAGAUUUUUGCAUUUGCAAACUCCUUAGUGGAGCUUCUGUCUGUGGGAUUGGAAACAUUUAACAGAGCACGGUACCGACAGUUUGUGAAGCGAAUUGGUCAGCUGAUCAAGAUGACACUUUGUCAUGUGAGUGACCACUGGGCCCAAUAUGUUAGCAGCAAUAAACAAUAUGGAUCAGUAGCACACCCCUACUCUGUGGAAAAAUUGCAACUGGAGUUUGAUGAACUGUUUUUUAGAGCUGUUCUACAUGUUCUGAAGGCAAAAAGAUUGGGAGUCUGGUUGUUCAUGUCCGAGAUGCCUUAUGGAACCUUAUCCAGCAGUAUGCUUUGGAGGCUCUUCUUUGUAAUGCACUGUGCAGAGAGUGAGAACCUGGAAAAGCUCUGCUCUACUUUGCAACCUGCUGACUGCAAGCACAGACUGAAAGACCCAAAGCACCUUGAAAAUUUUGAAAAGUAUCUCAAAACAAUGAACUGUUCAGAAGAAAUUUGUCUGCUCACCACAUUUGCUCAGAUGGCGCAAACCAAACGGGCUGAUGUUGAUGAGGAUUUUAUCAAAAUAAUUGUUCUGGAGAUAUAUGAGGUCUCUUAUGUUAGUCUUUCUACAAGAGAGACAUUUUCAAAAGUUGGUCGAGAACUCCUGGGAGCAGUUGCUAGCAUCCAUACACAGAUAGUUUCUGUACUCUUGGAUCGGAUUAGAGAGACCAUUGAGACAGUUGGGAUGGUUUCUUUAUACCUGUUUAAAGAACUGCCGCUGUACCUGUGGAAGCCUUCUUCGUCUGAGAUAGCCCUGAUUCGCGACUGGUUAUUAAAUUACAGUCUAACAACUGUGGAGAAUAAACUAGCCUGCAUCAUCUUGGAAGGGCUAAACUGGGGAUUCAGUGAGCAACAGGAUGCUCUUCAUCUGGAUCCAGCUGUCCAUUCUGAAGUUGCAUUGAUGGUCCUGGAAGCAUAUCAGAAAUAUCUCUCCCAGAAACCAUAUGCUGGACUACUUUCUGAAAGCAUAAAACAGGUCUCCUACUUAGCCAGCAUUGUUCGAUAUGGAGAAACACCAGAGACUUCCUUUAAUCAGUGGGCAUGGGGUUUGAUUUUGAGGUUAAAGCUUCAUAGAAAUGACCGUGGCAUGCAGCAUGGCUGGCCUGCUGUCCCUGUGUCUGACAAUGUGCUGGACAUGAUGGAGUCGGUCACACUUCACCCCCUCCUGAAGGCUGUCAAAGCCAACAUCCCUAUCGGCUGUUACCUGGCGCUGGCAAUGACCACGCUGGGUCACAGCAUUGAGAAGUUCUGCACCGAAGGGAUCCCUCUUUUGGGUGUGCUUGUCCAGUCUAGACAUCUGAGAACAGUAGUCCAUGUGCUGGGUAAAAUUCUACCCUUAUUUUACUCUUGCCAGUAUUAUCUCCUGAAGAAUGAACAGUUUUUAUCUUACAUCCAACUGUUCCUUCAUCUGGAUAGUGGAGUCCCUCAAGGUGUGACCCAGCAGGUUACCCAUAAAGUAACACAGCACUUGACAGGAGUGACCUAUGGAGAAAAUGUUAAGCUGCUCAGUAGUAUGAUACAGACUCACAUUUUUCUAAGUGACCAGCCAAAUGGAGCAGGGCCGGCUGCAGUACUGGAGUUCUGGAUUCAGGUCCUCACCAGCCAGCAGCUGUGGCACAGGGACAGGGCCACACUCUUCUUGCUGGAUGACUUAUGUAAAGCUGCUUUUCAGUACAGCCAAGAGGACUGUGUGCAAAAGCUGCUUUACCAACAACACAAGAAUGCUUUGGGCUAUCAUUGUGACAAAGGUCUGCUGUCUUCACUUGUCAGCUGGAUUGUGGCUGGCAAUGUUACACCUUCCUUUGUUGAGGGAAAUGCCAAUUCCUCUCAGGUCUGGUUUUCAUGGGUGGUGUUAAACAUGGAGUCAAUAUUUGAAGAAGAUUCGCAGCUUCGCAGAGUUGUGGAGCGGGAGUUGGUUAUUAAUGCUUUAACUCCUGAUCAAGCUUUGAAGAAAGCCCAGGCCCAGCUGAAGCUACCCAUCGUGCCCUCCCUUCAGAGGCUCUUGAUUUACCGCUGGGCUCACCAGGCCCUUGCUACCCCUGCUGAUCACCCUCUCAUGCCACUAAUCUGGCAGAAGUUCUUCCUCCUUUACCUUCACCGACCAGGACCACAGUAUGGAUUACCUGUGGAUGGCUGUAUUGGAAGACGUUUUUUCCAGAGUGCAGCUCAUGUUAACUUACUCAGUGAGAUGAAGCAGCGCUUAAUAGAGGUAGCAGACUUCCACCAUGCUGCCAGUAAAGCACUAAGAGUGGAGAGCCCUGCAGACGGCAGUGACAGAUCACCACAGAAGGCGAGCUGCUCACCAGAUUACCUGACUUCGCCAGAACUACAUAAGGAACUUGUCAGGCUUUGUAAUGUUUUUGUUUUGUGGUUGGAAGAAGAGAGUUUCCAGAAAGGAGACACGUACAUUCCUUCUUUACCGAAGCAGUAUGAUGCACACAGGCUUGUUAAAGUCAUGCAGAAUCAACAGGAUUUGUGGAUGGAGUAUGUCAAUGUGGAACUCAUACACCAUGAAUUUCAGGAAGCUCUAAACCUUUGGCUGCAGGUUCAGCUUGAAUCACAUACAGCCUGUGUUUCUGCAGGGCAAACAGAUUUCACCAACCCUUUAUUAGCCAAAGAGAGGAUAAUAAAUAAUUUGAAGAAGUUUGAUACUCCCAAGCCCCCUCUUCCGCUCCAGAUGAUGAAAGCUCCUGUGCCAGUUAUUUCCUCUGCCAGUCUAGUAAGUCAGAAAGAAGCAAUUCAGCUCAUGCGCGUGGACCUUAACAUCUUACAGCGACAUGCCAAAACUGCAGCUCUGUGGGAAUCUCAGCAUGUUGCUCUUAAUAGUGAAAUAUUGGACACAGUACCUAAGCUGUAUGUCAAUCGGGAAGAGCAGAUUACCCUUCAUUUGGAGUGCCGUGGAACUUCAAAUAAAGGCUGUCAAGGAGCAGCUCUCCUAACUGUCCAGUUUGAAGGGAAACAUAAAAAUGAAGCAGUGAGCCAGCAGCUCCAUGCUUUGCAUAAGGAAGUGAGACAACUGCGGGCAGAAGCUAUGAAGCCACCUUCUCUGGGUGUCGUGGAAGCAGCAGUACAUGUGGAAAAUUUUAUAACGGCCUUAAUAAAUAUCUACAAGGUGCAGCCUAUGCCUGCAAUCAAGAAAGUUGGAAUUAGUUUGUUUUUCACGUUAGUGGAAUAUGUGUGUGAUGAAACUCAACGCAAUCCUCCCACAAGGCAGUUCUUCACAUCCUGCAUUGAGAUUCUAGGCCAAGUGUUCAUCAGUGGGACCAAGUCAGAGUGUAAACGUCUCCUCCAGACAAUCCUGCAGAACCGGAGGCUCUGUACUCUGCUUUCUCCUUACUUCACUCCUGUUGCCUCUCCUAGUGAAUUUGUGGCUUUAUAUGAAAAGGUUGUGGCCUUUCUGAGUGAGGAUAACAGUGAUGUGGUCUUCAUGCUGCUGACGAAGUUCGACCUUAUGCAAUGGUUAAGCAUUGCUAAGCCACCUCUGUCUGAACGUAGCAAGCUUCUGGAGUCUAUUCACUUGGCUCUGAAUGCAUGUGGCCUUGAACCCGACGAAGAUAUUUUGAUGCCAUUUAAUAUCUUCUGCAAGCAUUGGACUAACCUUCUCCAGUAUCAGUUCCCUGAUCACUAUAGUGAUUUCUUAAGAUUGUUUGUGCAAAGCUCGUCAGAGCAGCUUCUAAGCCCUGAUUGUUGGAAAGCAUCACUUAAAGCUUUGGGAUGUGGUUCACCAGUGACUGAGCAGGUGAGCUUCAAGAGAAGUGGCUCUACUGAAAAUCCUGUAUUGCAGGAUGCAGCAAAAAUUCCCCUCUCUGCAGAACAGGUUAGAGAGACAAUAGAAUGGCUUUCCACAUCUUUCUGCAAACUCCGGCUGGCUUCGACGGACUUCAGGACUUUUGGCCUGUUUUCAAAGUGGAGUCCUUAUGUGGCUGAAGUGAAUAAAUUUCUGGAGUAUCUUAUUAAACGACUUAUUGACAUGGAAGUUGCCAAUUUAGCCCAAGAGCCUGUUGGCAGUAACAGAAUUCUAGCAGCAUUGCAGUCUCUGUAUUCAGUCAUUGCUGGACUCUUUAGACCAUGGAUACUGGUCUUGGAUAAGGAAGAUGCAAGUAACCAGCCUUGCUAUCCUUGGUUGGAGAGUGACACUCCUGUAGUAUCCACCAUGGUCUGUUUGUUUACAGAUUGCAUCAAGCUAUUGCAUGAGAGCUUUAAAGAUAAGCUGUUGCCAAGCCACCACGGGGCUCUUUGGUUACAUCUAAUGCAUUACUGUGAAUGCUGCACAGCCCCCAAAAUGCCAGAGUUUAUUCUCUAUGCUUUCCAUACUGAGUUCAGAAAGCUUCCAUGGAAAGAAAUGCAUCCAGACCAGAUGCUUAUGGAAGAGUUCUUUAAAAUUGAAAGAGGCAGCCCCAAGAGUUGUUUCCUAUUCUUGGGUUAUGUGUUAUGUGAAAUAAACUGGGUCAGUGUCCUCUCUGAUGCCUGGAAUCCCAACCCGCACCCUCAGACUCACAACAUGAUUGUCUGUUUGCUGUAUAUGAUGGUCCUGCUGGGAAAGGAGGAACAACUUACAGGCAAAGAGGAAUCUCCACUCAUAAAUCUUCUUGGACAGACCAGCUCCCUUCCUUGGCAGCUUGUGGGCAUUUCAUCUUACCAAAGCAUCAUCAGCUACUGCAGCAGUCACUACCCUCCCUCUGUUAUCCUUGCUAAGGAUGCUGCAACUGAACUGAUUGUGAAGCUACUGAAAAUCUCAGCAGGCUUUGGUGCAUCUUCAGAAAGUCACAUCCACCUUGAUGCAACACUGAAGUGCCGAGCAUACAUUCGCCAGGUGGUUCAGUUCCUCAGCACCUUAGAACAAAGUGGAAAGAUUACUCUUGCAGUUCUGGAACAAGAAAUGUCCAAGUUGCUAGAUGAUGUUGUCAUCUUUAAUCCUCCAGAGAUGGACCUGCAAAUGCGUCACAUGGCCCUCAGCAGCCUGUUCACAGAAACACUGAUGAUGAUGAACAAUUCUAGUGUGACAACCGCUGAGUCUCUACGGGGGAGCUUACGGAAGUGGGUUGACAGCAAAGUUCAUGGGUUGCUGGCAAUGCCCCUCCUCACAGCAGCAUGUCAGAGCCUGGCAUCUGUGCGGCACAUGGCAGAGACGACAGAAGCCUGUAUUACUGCUUACUUCAAUGAAGAUUCUCCUCACCACCAGGAUUUAGGCUGGGGCCCUAUACUCGCCUCCCUCCAAGUUCCUGAGCUAACCAUGGAAGAAUUCCUGCAGGAGUGUCUGUCUUUAGGAAGCUACUUGACCCUGUAUGUCUACCUGCUGCAAUGCCUAAACACUGACCAGACUCUUACCAAUGAAAUGAAAAUCCUGCUAACCAUCAGCAAAUGGUUGGAGCAGGUGUACCCAAGCUCAGCAAAGGAAGAGGCAAAGUUGUUUCUUUGGUGGCAUAAAGCCAUGCAGCUAUCUUUGAUUCAGAUGGAGCAGGAUGACACCGUUCUGAUUGAAUCUGUCAUUCAGACACUCCUGUCAAUCCAGGGCAGGCAGAGUCAGCUGGCUGAAGAGAGACUGACUUCUGGAAUUCUUGGUGCAAUCGGGCUAGGCAGGAGGUCUCCUUUGUCACCCAGGUUUCGGGUGGUUGCCCGCAGUUUGUCAGCCUUCCUCCUGGUGCAGAUUCCUGCGGAGGGUCAAGUCCGCCUGAAAGCGGGGUCAGAGCCAAAGCUGUCACUGAAGGCCCAGCAGGCACUGAGUGUUCUUGGAUCUAUGGCCUCAAACAAACAAUAUAUGGAUUAUCAAGAGCAGCUCUCCCAGGCCUCUCUGUUCAUCAAGCAUCCAGAACAUUGUCUUCGAGAUGGCAAUAAUCUUCUGGCUCUCCUUAUUAACACUCUGUAUCCAGAAGUACAUUAUUUGGAUAGCAUACGAUAGCAGCAGUGAGCUCACAGAAUCAUCAUAGAAUCAUGGAAUCAACUGGGUUGGAAGAGACCUUUAAGGUCAAGUCCAACCAGUACCCCAGGGCUGCCAAGGCCACCAUUAAACCGCGUCACUAGGGGUCUCAUCUACACGGUUUGUGAACACUUCCAAGAAUGGUGAUUCCACCACUGCCCUGGGAAGCCUCUUCCAACAUCUGAUUGCCCUCUCUCUGAAGGAAAUUUCCCAAAUAUCCAGUCUAAAACUCCCCUGGCUCAGCUUGAGGCUGUGACCUCUUGUCCCAUCAUGCAGUGUUGAUUAUUCUGGCUUACAUAGGAUGUUGUUAUUGCACAAGUAAUUUUUACCUUCCACUUUUAAUCAAGUCAGAAGUGUGAAUGGGAACUGGACACUGGCAGGUUUUCUCCUUUUCAAUGUUUUCUUUCUUUUCUUUUGAUUUGUUGGCUUGUGAAAUUGCUUAGUUUCUGUUGACUGAAAACACUUGAGUGUCUUCUUGUGUAUGGUGCAGGAGGAUACCUGAGGAUAGGUGUACAAAUCAUUAGCCAGCAAAGCUCAUCCUGUAGCAUCUUCAGUUUUUGCUUUGUGCCUUUUAUUUUCCAAUGUGUCAUCACUCAGGCCAGUUCAAAGUGAGUGGAGUAUUGUGUAUGAAAGAGGUUUUGACUUUCUUAACCAGUCUAGCUUAAUCUUAUGUGAGCGUGUCUGGAGACUUGUGAAAUCCCUGUAUUUGGAAAAAAUGGUAUUUUAAAUUUUGACUUUUUUUUUCUUGCUAUCCCACAGAAAUCUCUAGUUGGCAGACAUGCCUACAAUCUUCUCCCACUUCUGUAAAUACAAACUAAAAAAAGAACUUUGGGGUUUCCUAUUUUCUAAAUACUAGUGAAUACGCAUACAUAUUACUUGAUUAAAUGCAGGUAACUUCUAGCCAAGUUCUUUUUAAGUCAGGGGAUUUAAAUGCUGAGACACAUCUUCUGGAUCUCCAGUGUCCGGCAGGGGAUCAUUCAGUUACGUUCACGUUAGAUAGGAUUCCUUAAUUCUGAAAGUCUAGUUGUUUAGGAAAUACUGAUUUAGCAGGUGGACACCCACCACGUAAGUUUGUGAUAUGGCAGAACUUUAAAAGACACUGUGAAAAGGUAUUUUUCUUGUACUGAAAUUGGUGAUCACUUGUUUCAAAUUCUGUUGCCAAAGCAUGAACCAUGAGUCUGUAAACCUGCUGUUUCAGCUGAAUAAUGACUGUUUUUGUUGCCUUGUCUGAUCAUAAGAUGCACUUUUGUUCAGGGAAAGCAGAAGGUGAGUGUCCUGAGUUGCUUCUUGAUUGUCCCUUUCAUCACUGAUCUAUUUGAGGUGACCCAUGAUCCUGCAGUCCCAAUCCAUACACCUCUAUGAAGGAACACUGAUUGCUGCUUCUCUUCCUCCAUUAAUUGUGCCUUUAUGUUUAUAACAUGGUUACACAUGGUACUUGGUACAUGUAUCAUGUUGGUACAUGUUUGUAACAUGGUACACAUGGUUAAAACAUUAGUUCUGAUCACUAGGGGAAGGAAGUGUGCUACCUACUGUCUGGUCAGUAACGCUUUGAAGUGUUGCUGUGGUUCUGGUGUUCUUGGAGAAAAAACCACCUUUUUCUUCUUGACAGAUUCUGCUAACUGUGCCAGCUGGGUCAUUGGAUCACCUUCACCUUAAUGUGGUCUUAGAGUUCUUUGCUCUAUCUGCGAGCCUAUAAAUAUAUACACAUAUGUACAUCCCUCUGUAUAUGAACCAGAUAGCAACGCAGCAUGGUUUUUAACAGACUCUUUUGGAAAAUUCAUGUCUGGAAGAAUACAUUCUGCUGCUCUCCCACCCCCUCCCCAAAGACUUAAAAGCACUGGUUUUAUUAGAUUCAAUGUUACUGAUCAGUUGCAUAAAAAUGUGAAAAAGUCAGAAAUACAUGUUUGACAUGCACUUUGAAAAUGAGGUGUUGUUUCAGCUGUUGAGUUUUUACAAAUGUAUUUAUAACAUGGUAUGUCUGCAAGGACCAUACAAAAUAAAAAUGAAAAAUCAA